ACGCACACUGGCAAUAACCGGGCAGUUCACCCGUGAAGUUCUGCAAGGCAUCUUGACCUGCUGCCUGUCAGACGAGUCUUGGGAAAAUACUUCACUUGCCAGAAGAUCAGAAGUAAUGACACUUCUGAUGUUGCUGAGCGUCGCGGUCAUGGCCGUGGUCGUGGCCGCGGUGGAGCCAGCCAGCACUCCCGCCCCUGCUGCAGAAGGCGACACGAGCAACGUGCUCCUCGGUAAGUCCGUAGUGGCCAGUCUCCUCGUGGCCACGGGCUUCAGCGAGGCGUGUGUGGCCGAAGCCCUGGACAGCUGCGCACCCGCCUCCGUGCAGAGCCCAACGCCGCCGAAUCCGCUGGUGCAGGAGGCGAGAGAGCUGCUGCAGGAGGUGCGUCAAGUCGUGCGUCACUACGACAACCGACCGCGUCACUGCAAGGACCUGCUGGACGGCGGGGAUAGUGGCAAGGGCCUUCGCCACGUGUACCCCUUCCCUGGGCAGCCCCAGCGCCGCGCGGCAGUGUACUGCGACCAAACGACUGACGGAGGGGGCUGGACGGUGUUCCAGAGACGCACAAAUCUCACCGUCCGGGAAGAUUUUAACCGGAGCUGGCGAGAAUGCGACUUGGGUUUCGGCCAUCUCGAGGGCGAGUUCUGGCUGGGCCUGGACCUGCUGCACGGACUGACAUCGACGGCCCUUCAGGAACUGCGCAUCGACAUGGCGGAUUGGGACGACGGAAAACGGUACGCAAAGUACGGCUUCUUCUACGUCGGCCCUCCAAGCACCAAGUACCGCCUCACUGUUGACAGGUGAGCCAAGAUGUUAUGGGAGAGCUUUUACAA